UCGGAGCGGGGCGAACCCCGAACUCGGCGGGUGCCAGCGCCGUGACUCUCGAGAGGGUGCCAGCAGCAACCCGGACCAUGGACGCCGGCGGCCGCUCCGCGGGGGGCUGCAGCAACCCGACCGGCCUCUCCCGGGAGUACAAGCUGGUGAUGCUGGGGGCCGGCGGCGUGGGCAAGAGCGCUAUGACCAUGCAGUUCAUCAGCCACCGCUUUCCCGAAGACCACGACCCCACCAUUGGUGAAUGCUAUAAAAUCCGGAUACGUAUUGAUGAUGAGCCCGCCAAUCUGGACAUUCUGGACACUGCUGGACAGUAUCUGUCUUAAUGUGCUAAGUUUACCGCCAUGCGGGAUCAGUACAUGAGGGCUGGAGAAGGGUUCAUCAUCUGUUAUUCUAUCACUGACCGUCGAAGUUUCCAUGAAGUUCGGGAGUUUAAGCAGCUUAUUUAUCGAGUUCGACGGACGGACGAUACACCUGUGGUCCUUGUGGGAAUAAAUCAAACCAGGUCUGUGAGCAAAGAAGAAGGACUAGCUCUGGCUCGAGAGUUCAGCUGCCCCUUCUUCGAGACGUCAGCUGCCUACCGCUACUACAUCGAUGAUGUGUUCCACGCGCUGGUGCGGGAGAUCCGCAAAGAAAAGGAGGCAGUCCUGGCCCUGGAGAAAAAAUCGAAACCUAAGAGCAGCGUGUGGAAAAGACUGAAGUCUCCAUUCCGGAAGAAGAAAGAUUCGGUGACCUGAGGGAGGCCAUUACCUCUGUGUCUCUGAACUGCUGGGCUUAACCAGGGCAGUGCAGUGACCGUGGCCGAGCACCAAGCUCCUCUUCCCUGUCAGGACCGUGUCUUCCAUGCGUCCUUGGAGCCUCGGUGGUGUGGUAUUUCACAUGUUAUGUCUUAGCUGAUUUGGAUGUAUUAACCAGAGAAGCGCUGUCUUCUCUCAAAAUGUCCUUUAUAGACUUUGAUCUGCCAGUGUUUUGGGGGACGGUCUGUUCCUGACAGUUCUCCAUGUUCGUUAUUCUUUCCCGGAGGGACUCUGUGCCAUGUGUCUUGACCUAAACUUACAAACAAGGAAUUUUUGACCAUGUGCCAUUCCAUUAGCCCCUUUCAGCGUCAGUUUCCUGGAACUUGGGCCCCAAUUAGGACCCAAAUCUUGUUUUAUCCAGCAAGGAAAUGCGCAUCUGUCCAGCCAGCCAGUGCCUAUGGAGCAAACUGACUUGUUGCCUUUGCUGCAGUGUGUGGGAACUUGCUAGCAAAUGGGAGGGAUGGGAAACAUGUUACCAGUUGGAGUCUUGUCUAAGAAGGCCCCACUCACUCCUACUACACCAGGCUGUGCGAAGUCAAACAGAGCCAUAUAAAACUAGUGGCUUUCUCCACUGAGCUGAUUUUACUCCUGUCAGCAAGACAGUUGCCCCUUAUUGGGAAAGACUUGCCCGGUGAUGCUCAGGGCCAUGGCUGGCAGUGCCAGGCAGAAAAUGCCACAUGGUGCAGA